AUGGAAACACUUAGCAAUUACGAACAACUCAUGCCAGAAACCUUGUCAUCAUCUCUACUACCGGAAGAAGAUGCGUACUCCUCACUGAGCAGUUACGGCAAUCUUAACCCGCAAUUUCUAACCACAGCAAGAAAUAGAAUUAGAAGGUCAUCAAGGAACGCAAUAGUGUCUAACACAGUACAACAGGAAACUGUGGAGAAAGACGGAAAGGAAUCACCCAGCAAAAGUGCAUCCAAAACGGAGAGUACAGAAACAAAUGCGGAAAAUAACAACCAGAAAAAUGAAGCGAACCAGAGUAAUCAAUCAAAGAAACUAAACGAUAACAAUAUUAAAAGGAUAAACGAAAGUGCCGAAAAAAGAAAACACAGAUAUAACACUGGUUUAGAAGCAGACAAAGCAGAAGUGCAAACAGUCGAAUCAGCGGCUGAUGGAAAAAGAAGUCAAACGAGUUUACUCGAUAAAAUAAUAAGGACAAAUAAAAUUGGGAAAGAAGGAAUGAAAAAACUUAUUAAGAAACAAACUGUGCUCCAUACCGGAGAUUACAAUGAUAAAGAUUCAACGGACGAUUUACAAGGACAAAAAUCAGAGGAAUGGAAAAAUAAGCAAUGGAAUAUCUGGAAGAAGAAAAAUGAAACCGAAUGGAAAGUUUUUAAUACAUGCAUUGAAAAUGAAAAAGACAAUUGGCUUCAACGAGUAGAACAAGAAUGGCAGCAAUUUCUAGAAGCUAUGCAAAAUAAAUGGAUUCACAUUAACAAAAGAAUGGACGAGGAAUACAAAAUCAUCAUUCCGGAAGAAUCUGCAGCAUGGGAUGACACACAAUGGAUAGAAUGGAUUAAAACGGAAGGAAGAGAAUUUAUGGAACAUCAAUGGAAAAUAUGGCUUUCUCAAAAGGAAGCAGAUCUGAACGACUGGAUUGUAAAGCAAUGGAUAGGGUGGAAGAACUCGCAGAUUAGCGACUGGUUAAUGACUGACUGGAGACUCCAAGAAGAGGCUUCAUGGUCAAAUUAUGAAAAUCAUAAAAUUACAAACAUGCUACAAAGAAAAAAGAGAAAAAAAUGGACCGAAUGGAGAGAGCGCAUCAACAGAGAAAGGGAAGAGUGGGAAGAUUGGGUCCGCUCCAAAGAAAAUAUAUAUUUAAAUAGUAAAUGGAAUAAAUGGUCUAAAUGGAAAAGAGACAAACGAUUUAUAUUUAGUAAAUGGGUGGAAAUGAUUACUAACAGGCUGAUAAAUGAACGGCAAUGGAAAGAAUGGGUUAAAUCAUAG